UAAAAUUGUAGCUCUAAAAUCGAAUACCGUUACAAUAUUACGUAUUCCUUAUCUUUUCUGAGGUAUUAUAUAUCAUUAUUAAAUAUCUUCCAUUUCGUGACAAUGACAAUUUUUGGUUGGUAACGAAUCGUUGAAUCACAUGAUUCAAGCUAAGGAUCAUCCCUUAUUUCUUUCGUUAAUGGAGCCAUCUAGAUUUAUAUUAUAACACUAACGUUUUCAUCAUGCGUAAACAAACUGCUGAUUAUCUUUGUUAAAAGAAGUCAACAGCUUUUGCGAUCCUUAAAGACAGUCGUGUGUCAAAAUCGAGAUGGACGACUAUAAUACAUAAUUGCAAAGUAUAUUAGCUACGAUAUAAUAGACGUAAUUUUACUCCGAUUUUUUAAAUACAUCUUUAUACAUAGUUUUGAGGAUAACCAAUAUGUCAGACGUUAAAAGCCUUGAACACCCAACGUUAAAGGUUCCUUAUGAACUACUUAACAAAAAGUUUCGUUCAGCUCAGAAAACUUUAGAUAGAGAAGGUUCGCAUGUACUAGCUGCAGCUAAUGAGUUAUUAAAGAAUGAUGGAACAGGCGUUCCUGCAGGAGAAAUAAGUAGAUUAUUAGGAGGAGUUGUAGCUAAACUACAGGUUUUGAAGAGAAAAGCAGAAGAGUCUAUAGCAGAGGAAUUACAAGCAGGAAUGGUUUGUAAGAGACGAUUGGAUCAUUUAAAAGAACAUGCUAAUACAACCCCAAGUGUAGUAAACCAAUGGCGACGCCAGAGACUCGAUAGAAUGUUGAUAGAAUAUUUUCUUCGUAAGGGUUAUUAUAAAACUGCAACAAAAUUAGCAAACAACAGUGAACUUAGAGACCUAACGAACAUAGAUGUUUUUAUGGUAUCGAGAGAAGUCGAAAAAUCUUUAGCAAACCACGAGACAGCAAUAUGUGUUGGAUGGUGCCAUGACAAUCGGUCUAAAUUAAGAAAACUAGGAAGUACCAUGGAAUUUAAUUUACGUGUACAGGAGUUUAUAGAGUUAGUGAGACAAGACAGAAGACUUGACGCUGUCAAACAUGCCAGGAAAUGUUUUGCCAAUUAUGAUGAUUAUCAAUUACAAGAGAUUCAGUGUUGCAUGGGUCAGUUGGCAUUUCCAGCUAAUACAUCCCUCAGUCCAUAUAAAGAUUUGUUAGAUGAAAAAAGAUGGGAUAGACUGAUAGAGCAGUUUAGACAUGAAAAUUAUAGACUUUUCCAAUUAGCGAGUCAGAGUGUUUUUACGGUAGCUCUACAAGCAGGAUUAUCAGCAUUGAAAACACCUCAGUGCUAUAGUGCAAAUAAAGAAGGCAGAAAUCCAAAUUGUCCCGUGUGCAACAAAGCUCUUAAUGAAUUAGCUGCUCCAUUGCCUUUCGCUCAUUGUUCACAGUCUAGACUUGUUUGCAGUAUUAGUGGUAAACCAUUAAAUGAGUACAACCAACCUAUGAUGAUGCCGAAUGGAUAUGUAUAUGGAGAACAAGCAUUAGAAAAAAUGGCUCAAGAGAACAAUGGUACUGUGAUUUGUCCGAAAACCAAAGAAGUGUAUCCGUACAAAAGGAUAGAAAAAGUUUAUGUUAUGUAAAGUUUAUUGAAUCAGACAACUUGUACUAUACACAGUGCAUCAUUCUUUUGUUCUAAUUCUGAAUGUUUACUGUUUAAUACUGUAUACCAAUAUUAACAAAGGGAAUAACAUUUAUUUUUAAGGAAAUAUUUCAUUGUGAAUUUUAUUUGUGAUUACCUAGUAGAAUGUAAUAAGAAAUGAUACGAACAGAUCAUGUAUUAUGAAUUAUAUUCUUUUUUUUCGAUAUUAAACACUGUGUAGAUUAUCGCAAUAUAAUUGAGUCAUUAAGCACGAAAUCAAACUUG